CGACUACUCCCACCAUGAGGCUCUUUCUCUGGUCUGUGUUGGCUCUGACCUCUCUCGCUGUCGCCGCUCCCGGCUCGCCCAGCGACUGCGCUCACAAGGUCAAAGAGUCCGUCGCCCCUCCUCGUGGAUGGACCAAGACCAAGGCCGCUCCUGCCGAUCAUCUCAUCGAGCUGCGAAUCGGCCUGCCACAGCCCAACUUUGCGGUGCUGGAGCAGCACUUGUACGAGAUCAGUGACCCAUUCCAUGAACGGUAUGGUGUACACCUGUCCAAAGAAGAGGUAGAGGCGCUCGUAGCGCCUCACCCCGAGAGCAUUCAGCUCGUCGACGAAUGGCUUGCCUCUCAUGGUAUUCCAUCGGACGCGCUGUCCCGUUCGCCGGCUCAGGAUUGGGUUACCAUCCGAAUUCCGGUCUCUAUGGCCGAGGAAAUGAUGAAGACGGAAUAUCACGUCUGGGUCCACGAUGCAAGCGGCGCCGCCCUCGUGCGCACAACCUCCUACAGCCUCCCCGAGCACCUCCACGCGCACGUCGACGUCGUGCAGCCCACGACGUCCUUCGCGCGCUUCAGGCGCGACGCCGCGACGUACCACUUCGCCGGCGACGCGCCCGCUGCCAUAAAGACCGACGCGCCGUACAUCUCGAUACCCUCCGCGUACAACGGGCAGGUGAACGCGAGCUGCAACGCGUCGAUCACGCCCACGUGCCUGAAGGAGCUCUACAACGCGGUUGGGUACGUGCCGGCGGCCGCGGGCGAGAACAAGCUCGCGGUGACGGGCUAUCUCGGCCAGAACGCGAACCUGGAGGACUUUCAUUUGUUCAACGAGGCGUUCGUGCCCGAGGCGGCGGACUCGACGUUCGACGUUGUGUAUAUCAACAAUGGGACAAACGACCAGUCGCCUGAUGCGGCGGGAAUCGAGGCGAACCUGGACACCCAGUACGCAUUUGGCUUGACGUACCCCACUCCGAGGACGUUCUACACUACUGGAGGGAGUCCGCCCUUCAUUCCCGACGACCUUACGCCCACCGAUUCGAAUGAGCCGUAUGCGAAUUGGUUGGAGUACAUUCUUAGCGACCCAAGCCCACCGCAGACGAUCUCCACCAGCUACGGUGACGACGAGCAAACUGUUCCUGAAAGCUAUGCCAAGCGUGUCUGCGCUAGCUUCGCCCAGCUCGGAGCCCGAGGCGUCUCGCUGUCCUUCAGCUCUGGCGAUAACGGUGUCGGCGACGGCGAUUCCGACCCGGCUACGCAACAGUGCUACACUAACAACGGCCUGAACGAGCACAAGUUCAUACCUGCAUUCCCUGCCGCCUGUCCCUACGUGACCUCGGUCGGCGCGACGUGGUACAUCCCCGAGGAAGUGUACUACAUCUCGGGCGGCGGAUUCAGCAACUACUUCUCGCGCCCCGCCUACCAGGAGCUCGCAGUGGACACCUACCUCAGCAAGCUCGUGCCCGGCACCUACGCGGGCCUCUACAACCCGUCCGGCCGUGCAUACCCCGAUGUCGCCGCGCAGGGCCAGUUCUUCAACCUCUUCGUCGGCGGCGUGGAGGGCCAGAUCGGCGGGACGUCCGCCGCGUCGCCGACGUUCGCGGGGCUCGUGUCGCUGCUCAAUGACGCGCGCCUCGCGCGGGGGCUCGCGCCGCUCGGGUUCCUGAACCCGCUGCUGUACGCGAUCGGCGCGGUCUUCCCGGACGGCUUCAACGACAUCGUGGGCGGGAGCAACCCGGGCUGCGGCACGGAGGGCUUCAACGCAACGGUCGGGUGGGACCCGGUGACGGGCUUUGGGACGCCGAACUUUGGAAACUUGAAGGAUCUCGUGCUGGGCGACGUCUCUGCGAUCCUGGAGUUGUGA